UCGAAUUACGAAGCUUUUUUUUUAGAAUGGAGAAACAUUCAGAUACAGAGAGUUCAGAGAUUUUGGGAGAUUGGGAAUCAUCUUCUCCGGUGAAUCCCGAAGAAAAAGUCGUAAUGGUUUCUGUUCCCACUUCACCGGAAUCUCAAGAUGCGAGAUCGCAUCAAAUCGAAUCUAGGGUUUCGGAAAAGGAAAGAGCUUCGACGUCUUCAACUGCUGCCGGAGAAGAGGCGGUGGCGAGGAGAGUGUUGCCGCCGUGGAUGGAUCCGUCGUACGAAUGGGGCGGUGGGAAAUGGAAAGAAGACGGAAGAAAGAAGAAGAAGAAGAAUAAAGAUAAAGAGAAUGAGAAAGAGAGUGAUGAGAUCAUUCCUUUUAAGGAAAUCAUUGAAGCUCUGCUUCGAAACUCAGGUGACAAGGCUGAAGAAGUAGAAGACGACAAAAGUCAGAGCUGUGUUGACAUGUUGAAGUCAAUGGGCUUUAAGUUUCCUUAGUAAACUUUCGGGGCUUUUUUUAAAUUUUAUCGGUUUUUACGGGUUUAACUCUAGUUUCUUGAAUUUUCACUUAUGACUAAAAUAAUUAAUAUGUAAUAUGACUAAAUGUAAAUUCUGCAAGUGUUAAAAAUAUAAUUUUGUCAAAUAUUUUACAAUUUCUGGAAU